AUGAAAGGCUAUACAACCAGUAAGAGGGGCCCAAUGAACAACACCCCAUUUGGAGACAUGAGGAAGAUAUCAUUAACUAACCCCUUGCAUAUAUCUGACAACGCCUGGUCGACGGACAGAAUCACGCUGUCCUCUGAGGAGUACCUCUACUACGUGAAUCUGUUUAACUUGAACGACAAAUUCGACAGCCACUUUAUCGACAAUAAGACGGCGUCCUCCUUCUUGCAGAAUUCAGGUCUAUCCAUUUCGGUUCUUCACUCGAUAUGGGAGUAUAGCGACGUAGAGAACAAGGGAUACCUGACACUGGAGGACUUUUUCAUUUGCUGCAGAUUAGUUGCACAUGCACAGAAUGGAAACGUUCUAAAUUCGGACAUUAUAAAUAUACAGCCUCCGUGUCUACCCAGCUUCGACAUCAUACGACAUAAGUCCUUCUCUGACAUUUCCAACAUGGAGGGAAAUGUUGAGUGGAAGAUAAGUGCGAGAGAAAGGGAAGACUACCGCAGGAUUUUUAAGACACUGGACAUGAACAACGAAGAGAAAAUAGAGGGUAGUGUAAUCAGAGAGUACUACCUGAACACUUCCAAUCUAUCGAUCUGUGAACUUAUGCAGAUAUGGAGUGUAUCUGAUAUGGACAAUGAUGGUUUUUUAAAUUUUGAGCAAUUUUGCGUUAUGAAUAAAAUGGUUGAAGUGAGGAAGGAGAAGGAGAUCAACAUCCCUCUGUCUAUCCCCGCGGAUCUGCUGAACUCGAUAAAGGACGAUCAGAAGAUGGUGAUGGAUGACGACGUGACCUUCCGCAAGGUGGAAGACAAAGAAACGCGAGACAGCCUGAAGCUCUCCUUCGGGGACCUACUGAAGACGGAAAAUGAGAAGAAGGAAAGGGGCGUUUUGGGAAAAGGCACCUCACCAAAAGGUGGUAGCCCCGAAGAUAACGAAAAGCUAAACAUGGAAUUCGAUUUCUUUGAAUUUAAGCAAGAGGAAAAAUCUGACAUGGAUAGCUCGGAGAAAGAGAAGAGCAAGAGGAAAAAAAAGAAGGAGAAGGACAUGUUCUCGGAGCGUAGCGAGAAGAAUUCCCUCUUUAAGAACGACUUAGACAGCUACAGAAGAUUGGAGAAGGAGGAUGACGACGACGAUGAUGGUAGUGAUGAUGAUGGCGAGGAGGACGUAGAGCGAAGGAAUUCUGUGGUGAAGAAAAAGGCAAGCAUGAAGGAAUCCCCAAGUUACGAAGACCUCAGCACAGAGGAAAUUUCAACCGAGGGAUUCAGCAAAAAGGGCAAGGAAAGAAUUAAAGAGGGAGGCGAAGAAGAGGCGGAAGGAGGCUCCAAAAAGAGAAGCAAUAGAAAGAAAAAGGAAAGGGGCCAUCGAGAUCGGGGACAUCUAGACCGGGAUAGGUUGAGCAAGGCGAAGGAAAAGCAAAAGGAUCGACAGAGAAAAGCUCACGAGAAGGGCUCCGGACAGAAGAAUCUACAGUUGGAGAAGAUUACCUCGGAGGAAGUAGCGUCCCGAUCAGGAGACAUGGGAGGAGGGCUCGAAAAGGGGAGAAACAUGAAUAGAGGAAAUCGGGAUAUGAAUAGUGGGAAUGGAAAAGAAAAUGGAAAAGAAAAUGAAAAAGGAGAAGAAGAAGAAAGAAAAAAGAAAACGUCGCAAAGCGAAAAGUACUUCACGAAACUUAUCGACUUCAAUUAUUCUGACUUAAAAAACUACAACAUCGAAAGUAAGGAUGUAUACAAAAUAGAGGAGAUAAACCGAAAGCUAGAGGAGGAAAUUGAAAAAAAAAAAAAAAACAUUGAAAAAAAAAAAAAGCAAGUAAACUGUCUAGCUUAUGUAUAUGAAAAUGAAUUAAAAAAAUAUCAGUGUCUAAAGGAAGAAAGAAGAAAUCUAGAAUUUAUAAAUCUCUGUCUCUACAAGGAUAUUAAGCAUAAGAAGGAAAAUAUUCGAAGCAUUAAAAAUGAAAUAAAGGAACUCAUAGAAGAUAUCAACAAAAUCAGUAUUGAAAAUGUUAAUAUAAAUAAGGAUUACAUAAAAAAGGAGAAAGAAAUAAAACUUACUGACAACAAGAGGAAAAAUCUAAAUGCACUUAUAGACAAAGAAAAGAAUGACUUGAAAAAGGAUGAGAGGAACUUAAUUAUCUUGAAAAAUAUGAUUGACUACUUGAAGAAACAGAAAAGUCGAGCUCUUAAGUUACAGGAAAAUCUAAAAAAUAGAUACGAUGUCACGAAUUCAGAUCAUCAGAUGUUAAUUAAAAAUAUUCUACACCAACAGAAUUACUUAAAUAAAAUUACGCAGAAGCGUCUGAAUACACAGAAAGUAAAAAAUCAGAACCUUCUUUACUUUAACUCUCUUUGUAAUCAGUCUGCUUUGGUGGACAUGCAGAAUAAUACCCACACGCCCGACGCGAAGAGUCUCGGAGCCCACAGGCGUUAUUUCACGGACAGGAAGGGAAUCCCCAACGAGCAGAGUGACGAGUUGAAGAGCUCCAAGCGGAACGUCGAGCUUUUCGAACAGAUCAAAAACGGAGACAGCGUGGACAUAUUUUCCAGCAUGGACGACGAGUCAGUGUCACACUCCCAGGAGUACGUCGAGGGGGAUGACGACGACAGCAAUGAUGAUAAUAACAAUGAUGAUAAUAACGAUGAUGAUUCCGAUGAUGAUGACGAUGAUUCAGAUGACGAGAAACGACAGAAGAGGAAGAACAACAUGGAGGAUCUGGCCAACCUGGUGUCGAAGGAUCACAGCUUAAAAAGCAUUGACGACAGUUCUUGA